GCAGGCUUCACCAGCCAGCAAGACAACAUCAUCACCAACUGGGGCUGCACGACUCCCUCCUUGGUCUACGACACGGAGGGUGGCAAGGACAUUGGUAUUGCCGAGCGCCAUGUCGCGCAUACCUGCGACAUCGAGUUCCCGCGAACUGUGGGCAACACGUACUUCGGUGUGGUGGGCCCUUGCGGUGGGCAUACAGGCGACUAUCACUUUCACCGCAGCUUCGCCUGCCUCUACGCUGCCUCUGGCGGGCACUCCACAAAGGUCGGCGUCGUCGCAGGGCACGACAUGUACGGAAAGUGGGAGGACUUCGACAACAACCUGUUGCCACUGCUGGACGCUUGCGGCGCCCACAUCGGGCCCACGCCGGACAGAUGAUGCCGAGCAGACAGAGAGCAGAAGAAGACGAUGUAGGCAACAGCAAGCACAGAGACACACAGACACCCUCACACAAAGCGUGACCGCUUCGGCUGGUGAUUUUGAUGACGAAGAUUAA